UGUUUCUGUUCACCCUAGACCUGAUGGCGCUGAAAGAAGAGAGUCAAGAGCUGAAUAAAAUGGAAGAGAAAGAUCAGUAUGAGAAAUGUCAUGAUUUCAUGGUUGGGGUGAAAUCUUUUAGUUACGCAAAGACUCAUAAAACAGAAACUAGAAACUUUAAAGUCCAGAUGAGAGUUCACACUGGAGAGAGCCCUUUCACCUGCCAACACUGCGGGAAGGGUUUCUCACUAAAAGGAAAUCUUAACAUUCACAUGAAAAUCCAUGCUGGAGAGAAGGCUUUCAUAUGCUCUCAGUGUGGAAAGAGAUUUACUCAGAAAAAUACCCUUAAUUCCCACAUGAGAGUUCACACCGGAGAGAAGCCUUACACCUGCAAAAUGUGUGGGAAGAGCUUCACGCGAAAAGAAAAUCUUGAAAUUCACAUGAGAGUUCACACUGGAGAGAAGCCUUACACCUGCAAGCUGUGUGGGAAGAGCUUCACACGAAAAGAAAAUCUUAAAAUUCACAUGAGAGUUCACACUGGAGAGAAGCCUUACACCUGCAAACUGUGUGGAAAGUGUUUUAAACAGAAAAAGUACCUCAAUGGCCACAUGAGAGUUCACACUGGAGAGAAGCCGUUUGUUUGUGUUCAGUGUGAAAAGAGUUUCAGGUGUAAAGGACACCUUGAUCUUCACAUGAGGAGUCACUCAGGAGAGAACUGUUUUAUAUGUCAGCAGUGUGGAAAGAGUUUCUCACACAAAAACAUUCACAUGAAAAUCCAUGCUGGAGAGAAGGCUUUCAUAUGCUCUCAAUGUGGAAAGAGAUUUACUCAGAAAAAUACCCUUAAUUCCCACAUGAGAGUUCACACUGGAGAGAAGCCUUACACCUGCAAAAUGUGUGGGAAGAGCUUCACGCGAAAAGAAAAUCUUGAAAUUCACAUGAAGUGUGACAUCAGUUUCACAUAUCACACAGACCUGAAACGACAUUUGCAAACUCACUCUGGAAAGAAAAUCCAAACCUUGCCACACUGA